UGCCAUUUGGUCUUUUCUUUCUAUCGCGUCGCGCGGAACACAAAGUGCUAAAGAUAGUCCCGCUGCUGAGUCACAAUUUAACACACUCCCGGCCAUGGCAGAGAACGACCCACAAGUUCAGUUUAAGCUGGUCCUCGUAGGAGAUGGAGGAACGGGGAAGACUACUUUCGUGAAGAGGCACUUGACAGGAGAGUUUGAAAAGAAAUAUGUUGCGACUCUGGGUGUCGAAGUUCAUCCCUUGGUCUUUCACACUAACAGAGGCGCUAUCAAAUACAACGUGUGGGACACAGCCGGACAGGAGAAGUUCGGAGGCUUGCGAGACGGAUACUAUAUCCAAGCUCAGUGUGCGAUCAUCAUGUUCGACGUAACCUCUCGAGUGACUUAUAAGAAUGUUCCCAACUGGCAUCGUGACCUGGUGCGUGUGUGCGAGAACAUUCCCAUAGUGCUGUGCGGCAACAAAGUGGACAUCAAGGACAGGAAGGUGAAAGCGAAGAGCAUCGUGUUCCACCGCAAGAAGAACCUACAGUACUAUGACAUCUCCGCCAAGAGUAAUUAUAACUUCGAGAAGCCGUUCUUGUGGCUUGCGCGAAAGCUGAUUGGAGAUCCCAACUUGGAGUUUGUGGAGAUGCCUGCCCUCGCCCCACCCGAAAUCGCUAUGGACCCAUCACUUGCUGCACAGUACGAGCAUGACCUAAAAGUGGCAUCAGAAACAGCUCUGCCAGAUGAGGACGACGACCUCUAACAUGUUAACCUUUGACUUUUUUUUUUUCUUCUCUCCCCCCCCCCCCCCUUUGUGGCAUUGCUGGGUUUCCUCAGCAAUCGGCGUUUGCCCCCUCCCCUCUCUUCUCCUCCGUUCCCCUUUUACUGUAAAACACCCUGCGCAGAUAUUUUUAUUUUUCAAAUUGUUCAUUUUGUGUUUCAGACUGAAUAAACUGAAGUUGUUGUCGAA